AAAAGUCUAAAACAGCACAAAACCAACCCCCGUGCCAAAAAUAGCACACCCACGUGCCCUUCCCUUUAGGGUUUUACCCUUUAUACUCUACAAGGGUUUCUGUACCGCCACCGCCACCGCCACCGCCACCACGGCUUUUCUUUCUCACAUUUCCACAACACUCAACGCUCUUCACCCAUCCCAUGUAACCCAAUCCCAAAGGAGAGACACCCAGAACUUCAGAAAUAAAUAAAAGAGAGAACUUCAAAUCUUCUUUUAUUUAUCUAAUUUAAACAGAACAUAAGAUAUGAACAUGGAAGCUAGAGUUGGCGUGGUUCUUGAGGGAGGGCAGAGAGCACUUAAUUCUGCUUCUACCCAUGGAAGCAUUGUGGAUGCUGGUGCAAGGAAAUUCUUGCAACAGCAUAACAAUAAACAGAGUCCGCAACAUUCACAGUUAGGAACCGUACAACAAUUGCUUGCUGGUGGUAUUGCUGGUGCUUUUAGUAAGACUUGUACGGCUCCUCUGGCUCGCCUUACUAUCCUCUUUCAGGUUCAAGGUAUGCACUCAGAUGUUACAGCACUAAGCAAGGCUAACAUAUGGCAAGAGGCUUCUCGUGUUAUUAAUGAAGAAGGGUUUAGGGCAUUUUGGAAAGGGAAUCUAGUGACUAUUGCUCACCGUCUUCCUUAUUCUUCUGUUAGCUUCUAUGCUUAUGAACGUUACAAGAGUUUCUUGCAACCACUUCUUGGUGUUGAAAAUCACAGGGUGAAUGGGACAGCAGACCUUGCUGUGCACUUUAUAGGUGGUGGGAUGGCAGGAAUAACAGCUGCAUCUGCCACAUAUCCUCUGGAUCUUGUGAGGACGCGUAUAGCAGCACAGAGAAACACAAUGUACUACAGAGGCAUUUGGCAUGCAUUUCAUACCAUAUGCAGAGAAGAAGGUUUCCUUGGCUUGUACAAAGGACUGGGAGCAACAUUACUUGGUGUUGGACCUAGUAUAGCGAUAAGUUUUUCUGUUUAUGAGUCUCUCAGAUCUUUUUGGCAUUCUAAAAGGCCCAAUGAUUCUACUGUCAUGGUCAGUCUUGCUUGUGGUAGUCUUUCAGGCAUUGCAUCAUCAACAGCAACAUUUCCUUUGGAUCUUGUGAGGAGACGAAUGCAAUUGGAAGGAGCUGGUGGUCGAGCACGUGUCUACACAUCUGGCUUGUUUGGAACAUUUGCCCAUAUAAUCCAGACUGAAGGGUUCCGAGGAAUGUAUAGAGGGAUUCUGCCCGAGUACUACAAGGUGGUUCCCAGUGUUGGCAUUGUGUUCAUGACUUAUGAGACAUUGAAGAUGCUUCUAUCACGCAUCCCUGCCAGUUAAUAGUUGCAUUGAAGGCUUUGGCAUUCUUCCCUAAUUAUUUUUCACGGAUACCAUGUUUUUGAGCCCAUGACACGAGGAAAAUGGAGGAAAAAAGAAUCGACUGGUUAUUUACACAUGAAGGUAGAUUGGAGAAAUGUCUCGAGGCACUGGUCAAGAAAUUCCAUGGUGGCAAAUUUUGUCGUUGCUGCUGCGAGACUACUUAUUUGAUGAAAUGUUUUAAGAAUUUGGCGGACAACCACAAGGAUAUGCAUGUUUGGAGAAUGACUAAUUAGUUCGAAGAUGAAGGGUGUCUCUACUUAUGUAGGACUAUAACUUGGUGAUGUUAGGGUAUAUAAAAUUGCGAGAGUAGCUCAAAGUUUAUCCGGUCUGAUAUAAAGCUAGCAGUUGAUGAUAUCACAUCAUCAAAACAGUUUUGUUAUCCUAGCUUUUUUCUUGUCUACCAGUUUUGUAAUCCUAGCUUGUUUAUUACUUGCGUUUGAGCAACUUUGCGCAAGUAUCAAUCUUAUGGAAGACGUAAUUUUAUA